AUGGCAUAUUACCGAGCCAAUUACUUGAGUGAUACAUAUGCUAUUUCGCCACCGAUUCCUAAUUUGCAAAAGAGACAAGUUGGGGUCGCUCUAGAUUAUUCAAAGGUCGAUGACCUCGGGCGACCACAAGUAGUGUAUUCGUGGAACAGGUUGAUCCAUCAAAAAGACUUAGCGACAAAGACCAAUUACGUUGAACCUAAAUAUGAACCAAGAUUAUCAUCUUCUGAUGUUUUGAAAUUGUCAGCAGCGCAAUACACCACGAAGGCUUAUAAGGAUGGUCUUGAGUACGUGAAAGCAGAAGAAGAUUAUCAUAAGAAACAGAAGUAUCUUGAUUCGAUUACUCCAAGUCGACAAGGGAAUGCAUUGACCAUUGGAACGCAAAAUUCCCUUUCAGGAUUACCGAUUCCUGAUGAAACUGGACAUGUGUAUUCCUAUCCAGCAUCAGUGACUUCCCAAACAGGUUUAAUGUUUCAAGCACCACCUAAUGGAAAUGAGAUACCAGCUCAACCACGUAAUGUAAACAGUGUUCCUGUAGAGCCAGUCAUCCUGACUCGAGAAACAGAGAUACGAAGAGAUGCAGUUGGAAAUGACCGUGUCAAUCAUGCGACUGGCAUUGCAGUUUCACUGCCAGCGCAUCUAAUGGCUGAUAGUUACAUUCCACCUAUUCCAGGAGGAUUUCCUGGGUCGACUCAACAGAUACAUGUGGAAUCUCCUCAAAUUGAUGCCUCCGUCGAAACAAUGCCUCGUAGCGUACCAAUUCCACAUGAUACAGUACUUCUGAAUGACCGCCAUGAUCCAUCUGGUGUAGCGGAUGUUUUAGAGAGAAACUCCAUCAAUGAUCAGUUUGUCUCGGUACCUGCGAGAACACCAUUUCACUUCAAAGGUAAGGAAGCAACCAUAUUAGCAGGUUCUAAAAGGAAAGCAAAUGCACCCCCGCCGAUUCCUCGAUUGAAUAAAAAGAAGCAAAAAACAGGAGGAGCGGAGCAUGAUGUUGUAGAGCCAGUAACUCCACCAGCAACCCCACCACCUGUUGCUCCUCCACGUCCCCCAGAUGUGAUUUUCGCCGGAAGUGCUCCUCAUGGCACCAAGCGAAGACAGUACAAGCAACCUGAAGAGAAGCAAACAGUUAAGAGACGGAAGAUUGAUGAUUCCAUACCUGAACAAGAAGACCAUGUUGAGGAAAUCACAUUAAUGUCCCCUGCAGAAGUUGAAAGGAAUGUGCGUGCUAAUCGAAGGAGAAAAGUGGAUGUUGCUCCAGCAGCACCGACGGCACUUAACCCACCUACACUGGUUCCCUUGACAGCAGACCUUGGUAGUGAGAUUCGUCCGCUCGCGAAACUUCGUGGUGGGUGGAGAGAUGCCGAGUUUGUUGUCCCUGCUCAACCGGUACAACAAGUUCAAGUGACAGAACCGACCGUUAGGACGAGAAGAAGAAAAGGUGAAGAAAUAAUCCUUCCUCCUAAGAAGAAACAACGAAUGAUGUAA